CAGAGGGAUUUCCGAAUUGUUUGGUGCGCAAUAAACUUGCUUUCACGAGUGAUGUUUUACUGAAUGUUUACCACUGUCGCCGUUAAUUAAUUCACCGGUUGCUCAAACUUUUACUGUCGUCGUGUUUUUUAAAUGAAGCGGAGUUUGACACUGGUUAUUUCUCCUUCGGUCACUUCGGAGAGAAGCAUUUUGGUGUUAGAAGAUGAUCGUUUGGUUAUUUCGACAAAAUUGAACAGCCUCCUUCCAUCUGACUUAACAUCUGAGGUCAAGAAAGCCACCAAGAUCCUCAAAGGAUUCACUGAAAUCUCCGCCGGGAAUGGGCUGGACAAACUCAUCCCAGCAAGUGUGAUCGCAUCAGCCGAGGGGCUGGCCAUCAUCUCCGUGGUGAAGGCAGGGUUCGUGAUCACGGCAAGAGGAGGCAGCGGCAUCGUCAUCGCCAGGCUGGCUGACAGACGCUGGUCGGCUCCUUCCGCCAUUGGUAUCGCCGGGUUGGGCGGCGGCUUCGAAAUUGGUGUGGAGAUUUCAGACCUGGUGAUCGUCCUAAACCAUCGGCGGGCCAUUGACGCUUUCACCAAGGGCGGGAACUUGACGCUGGGUGGGAACUUUACAGUCGCUGUGGGCCCGAUGGGCAGGAACAUGGAGGCCGAUGUUACCCUUCGCAAAAUGGCCGCUGUUUACACUUACUGCAAGUCCCGAGGGUUGUUUGCAGGCUUGUCUCUGGAGGGCUCGUACCUGAUUGAACGCAAAGAGACCAAUCGCAAGUUCUACUCUCGGGAAUUGCGAGCGUCUGGCAUUUUGAAUGGCGACGUGGACCCACCAAAAGAGUGUGACUUUCUGUACGAUAUGUUGAAUGCUUACACGGAGGGCUACGGGACGGACUCGAGCAGCAAGAAUGUGACCACAAAGUCAUCCCGUCCUCCUGCCAGACCUCCAGCUCCUGCUCCUUCGCGAGGAGGGAACACCUCACAGCAGCCCGAUGAUCUUGGUGCAGCAGGUAGAAGGUCACUCUACCCGAAUAUCUCCGUCUACAAAUCGGACCCUUCAAAUCAAAUUCCUCCCAGAAAACCUCCAAACUUGGGAGGAGGCGGAGCAAGCGAAACUCUGGUGGUCACUGCUGUCCACGCGUUUGCGGGUCAACAGCCUGGUGACCUGAGCUUCAAACCCGGCGACCGCAUCACCAUCAUCACCAAGACCGAGAACCAGUACGACUGGUGGGAGGGGCAAUUGGAUGGGCGAAAGGGGAUCUUUCCUGCAAAUUAUGUCACUUACUGACCGGCGUCGCUCGGUGGGCUACAUGAGGAAAGUAACCGCACAUCGGUGCGGUUACCGCGGCAAGGUGUUGGAGCAUUUUUUUUUUUUUCCCCCCCCAAAUACAAUAUUCAGCUUCGGCUUUAUGUACUAGUUCGCUUCUUGUUGUCACUUGUAAGACAGAGGUACUAGUAGAAAGACUGUCUUACUAGUGCCACUUUUGGCCGACUGGUAGGAAAUUAUACCUUAACUAGUAAGCGAUGGAAAGCCGUUUGAGCAUUUGUUUGAGAGUCACUUUAAGGUCCAUGUUAGUCUGAACUAGUAACACAAUUCAGUGCAGUAGUGGGAUGUACUAGUUUUCCUCACUGCUACGUGGCAUUCGGGCACGCUAGGAGAAUAAUUGCAAGUAAAAUUGUACUAGUCACCAUCUGGCCCAUCACUAGUAGUGUGCAGAUAUCAAAACAUGCAGUUUUGUCUCACUAGUAGUAAGUUGUUGUAGUGCACAAAAUUGCCAUACAAUCGUGGAAGAAACACUACUAGCGAAAUGUGAGUUUAAUACGACUAAGAGCGGACUCGUGCAUGGAUAUGGAAGAAAGGCUCAAUCGACUUGCCGUACUGGUGCAUAACUACUUCCAGGUCAACCACUUAUUAUUGUUAUUAUUAUUAUUAUUAUUAUUCUCAAGUCAUUUCGCUUUGGUUGUUUGGUGGCUUUGAACAAGCAGCAUUUUUCUCUUUAAAAUAAAAGCAAUAUUUUCAUUUUA